AAGCCAUUCGCGCCGCGCCAGGCUCAUGGACUUGUAGUGUGCAGACAUGUCGGAGAAGUGUCGUGAAGAUUCUCAGUUUUCUACGCCAAAACGGCGUCAGAACGGGGCCUUUUCGGGAAUGUCGUUUUCUGGGAGCCCCCCCAUGACGGAUAAUACGUUAUACCCGUGGAACUGGGGAGAAAAUGCGUGCAAAGUGGAGUUAAGUAGCCCGUGCUGCAGUGGAGGGAGCAACCCGUGCGAGAGCCCGGACCUGAAGAGCUGCGACUCGAAGCGAGGGCGGCCGAGGGCGGACGCCAUCAACACCCUCAUCAUCGAGGGAGCCCAGUCGCCCAGCAGCAUCAAGUGCCCCAUCUGCAACCGAGUUUUCCCGAGGGAGAAGUCCCUGCAGGCUCAUCUGCGAACGCACACAGGUGAACGUCCCUACCAGUGUGACUAUCCAGGAUGUACUAAAGCCUUUACCCAGAGUGGGCAGCUGAAGACUCACCAACGCCUCCACACCGGAGAAAAGCCCUUCAUCUGCUCAGCACCAGGAUGCACAUCCCGAUUUACCCACGCAAAUCGUCAUUGCGCGGAACACCCUUACGCAACCCUUCAUAGGACUCCUGACCUGAACAUCAAUCCUCAACUAUCCCCUGCAGAAUGCACAGAUGAUGUUCUACGAUGGCUGGAGAAGUAUCGCAGUGAGCGCAUGGAACGCACACCUGCCAAGUCGCGCAAAAACAAGCGAGAGUUUGACGGAACACCCGAGACGCCCCAGACACCAUGCACACCUUCUUCUGAUUCUGACAUCAUGUCUCCACCACCUGUCAAAAGAACAAAAUCACGCCGUGGUCUGGGACCUUUAAUGGAACAACAACAGAAUCACCUUGAUCACCGCCCUGGUCCCAUCUUCCAGGCACAUAACCGGACAGACGAGAAUGCCUACAUACCGUCUGGGGAUAGUUAUGGAGGUGACGAGAACAAGUACGGUGAUUAUCAGAGACCACCGCGACCAGUGCCAGCGUCGCCAGCCCAUGCCCGAGUUCUCAGAAACACAGAAAAUCUACAAAGCCCCUUGAAGACAAGCAAUAGUUACCGUGGAUUUGACAUAGACGGGAUAAAACCUCUUGUAGAGAUCGACGAAAGUGCGUAUGCACAAACAGUCCCCGUGAGUGAAGACUUGGCCGUUGAGCCGCCGCAAAUGACCCUCCUGGAGCCAGAAGUGAUUCUUGCCAUGAAUUUUACCAAUGUGAUGCAGUGUGAAUCUGAGAAUCUUAAUGUUCUACCACCAGAUCAGCUUCUUGAAGGCGACCACGUUGUGGUAGAGUUACCGUGGCAGGUAACAAGAGAUGGAGCAAUGAUCCAAAGGGAAGGUCUCCCAACUGAAAUAACUACAGAACUAAAGCCAGUUAUGGAAAAUUAUCAAGAACAGUUGCCAGAAGUGGUUUUGUCACUACCAGUGACUCAUCAACCAACUGUUACAGAGGUUUCAGCCGAAGCAGUGGAUAACACUCCAGAUAAGUCACAGCACAACCCAGAGAACUCGCAGUCGGAAGAGACAUGGCGGAUGAGACAGCCAAAGAAAAGGUGGCUCCGAGAAGUACGUCUUGAGCAAGGAGAGCUCGAACAACCAAGACAACCAUCAGAUCUUGAAAACCAGGCACGACCAUCGGUAUUGGUUAAAACCUCGUCCAUUUCCACACACAACCAAGUGAUGGGAUUAUCCCAAGCAGGGGAAACAAAGGAUAAAUGGAUGGGUGCCAUGGCUCUUAUCCAGCUGGCUGAGGUCCAAGAAGAGGGGUCUCAGCCUCUCAAUCUGUCCACGCCACGAUACACCACGCUUUAAUUGAUAUCCACAUGCUGCUUGGAGUAUACGUCUGUUAAAUAUAUAUGAUGGUAAUACUAAUCAUAUUUUGUGCAUAUGAAUAAGCAAUCUUGAAGAUGUAUAGAAAGUCCCCAAUUUCGAGCAUUGUCAGCAUAAAGCCCCAGGAACAAUUCUAUGAGAUGAAUUUAUACUAAAAAUAUAUAUAUAUAUACCCUUUCCCUGUCCAAUUUUUAGGGCUUGUGGACGACCUAUACGACUGCAAAAGGAGUUUCUGGGGGAAAAUGUCAAUUCAUUAGAUUUGCUCAACAGAUGACAAGUAUUAUCAUGUAUACAUAGAAACAACGUGUGCGUUAUAACGUAAUCACCCACCUUGGAAUCCUGAAAACCGGCUAUUAGCAUCAAUACCCGGUUGUGCUUGUCAACUAUUUGGGUUGUAAGUUGCUAUGCGUCUCUUAUUGCUAGUCGUUUGCGCAAUCAGUAACAACAAUUGUCAAAAUGCUUUUAUGCUUUAUUAUAGUUUUAUAUUCAACUUGUAUACUUUCAGUUUUAUGAAAUUGAAGAUAUAUGACCACCUAUAUAAUUUUAUGAAUCUCCAAAAUGAACAAUUAUACGUGUGGCAUUGGGAGAUUUUAAUUAUAAUUAACAUUGUACCUGGAACAGGCCUUUACUCGGUAUAGCUUACUUUAUAUUUUAUUUGAUAUUUACUACUGUUUAAAGGCCACCUAUAGUUACUAAAUGGUUAUAUAUCCUGUACAUAAAUUGGAUGUAGUAGCUUUAUAUUGAUUUUAUAAGUACUGAUGCCCAGUCACAUGUACAUUAUUGAAAUUAUACUAUGAAACUUA